CGCCGAACCCUCAACUCACUGCCGGCGCCGAGUUUCAUAAAUUGCCGCGGAACAACCUCGACGCACUCUUGCGCACGCGCAUCAGCUGUGGAAGGAACCCCCUAGGAGCCCCCGCGACCCGGCUCGUGGCAAUGGAUGCAGCAAUAUUCAGUUUCCAGAAUCAGCAGCUCCGGCAGCAGUGUCCUGUCCUGAUGGUGUUGGCAGCUCAUUUCCAGAUGAAAGAAGAGAGCGGUGUCCUCAGCUCAGUGAUUAAUUACAUGAACUCCUUACGUGGUAUUCGACCAAUAUAAACCCAUUAAGAGGAAGGCUGGGUUCUUGUUGUGGCCUACUGAAGACUCUCUACUCUCAUCUCCUGAAGAGCAGUAAGAGAGACCAAUGACAUGGAGUGGCGGAACCAUAGUGGGAUAGUGAGUGAGUUUGUGUUGCUGGGCUUCCCUGCUCCUGCGCCACUACAGGUACUAUUGUUUGCCCUUUUGCUGCUGGCCUAUGUGUUGGUGCUGACUGAGAACACACUCAUCAUUAUGGCAAUUAGGAACCAUUCCACCCUCCACAAACCCAUGUACUUCUUUCUAGCUAAUAUGUCCUUUCUGGAGAUCUGGUAUGUCACUGUCACUAUUCCCAAGAUGCUUGCUGGCUUUGUUGGAUCCAAACAGGAUCAUGGACAGCUAAUCUCCUUUGAGGGAUGCAUGACACAGCUCUACUUUUUCCUUGGCUUGGGCUGCACUGAGUGUGUCCUUCUCGCUGUUAUGGCCUAUGAUCGCUAUAUGGCCAUCUGCUAUCCUCUCCACUACCCAGUCAUUGUCAGUGGCCGGCUGUGUGUGCAGAUGGCUGCUGGCUCUUGGGCUGGAGGUUUUGGCAUCUCCAUGGUCAAAGUUUUUCUUAUUUCUCGCCUCUCUUACUGUGGCCCCAACAUCAUCAACCACUUUUUCUGUGAUGUCUCUCCAUUGCUCAACCUCUCAUGCACUGAUAUGUCCACAGCAGAGCUUACAGAUUUCAUCCUGGCCAUUUUUAUUCUUCUAGGGCCACUCUCUGUCACUGGGGCCUCCUAUGUGGCCAUUACUGGUGCUGUGAUGCACAUUCCUUCGGCUGCUGGACGCUAUAAGGCCUUUUCCACCUGUGCCUCUCAUCUCACUGUUGUGAUAAUCUUCUACUCAGCCAGUAUCUUCAUCUAUGCUCGGCCAAAGGCACUCUCAGCUUUUGACACCAACAAGUUGGUCUCUGUACUGUAUGCUGUCAUUGUACCAUUGCUCAAUCCCAUCAUUUACUGCCUGCGCAAUCAAGAGGUCAAGAGAGCCCUCUGCUGUACUCUGCACCUGUACCAGCACCAGGAUCCUGACCCCAAGAAAGCUAGCAGAAAUGUAUAGAAGGGAUGUGUGAAAUCUGAUAAAAUGCUAUUAAACUUGAGAUCAAUGUGUUCUAUGAAGUCCAGUGGAGUUCUUAGGGCCUAAAUUG